AUUAAUCCCUGAUUGAGUAGGAGUAGUAGCAACUGUCCAAUCAAAUCAAACCGAGGAGGGACGGUGCACUGCAGUCCCUCGUUAAUUUUACCGAGCCACCUCUCUCCUCUCCGCCUCGCCCGCUUCUCUUUACCUAGCCUUCUCGGGUAAGCUGGCCAGGGCUAGUGGCAGCAGCAGUAGUGGGAGCAGGAGCUGCUUGGCUUGCUGUUUUGCUGGCUUUCACGUCCACCUACGCGGGCGUGAGGCGUGGAAUCCAAACAAUGGCGCUGGGAUCCGCGGAUCUAUAGGCGAGGCGAGGCGCGGGAUGGGAUCUGGGAGCAGCAAGGCCGCUUCGCCGCCGGCCGGCGGCGAGGCCAAGGCGCGGAAUGGGAAGCCGAGGGGGAGGAGCCUGAUGCGCCUGCCCAGCUACUCCUGCUUCCGGGGCUUCACGCCCGAGUGUGACGCUUCUUCUUCGCUGCCGGCGCCGCCGCCGCCGCUGCCGCUAGGGGUCGAGUCAAAUGGCACAUUCCUGUGUUUGCAGUCAAGCAAGGGAGGGGAGACGCCUUCACUCACUCACAUUGGCAUAUCAGAUGAAGAUGCUUCAUCGGCUCCUAAAUCGAAUCCAACUGAAGUCAGAACAAUUCCUUCGUCAGAUACCGACAGAGACCAAGAUGAUGAUGUAUUGCAGAAUGUCACUGCUACCAGGACCGCAGUCGACGACGACCAAUCGCCAAAUCCUUCUGACCGGCCGCGUCCAUGCUUUGGUGUCAACUUUGGGCUGAGUAGAGCUGUCAGCUUGGGAUCAUCGGUGGCAUGCUCCAUUAUGUCAACCGGCCUCUCCUCUUCAGCUAAUCCUAGUAUUGGAAAUAUGGACCAUCCUUCCGAUGCGAACAUCCCUCAACAAGGUGGUGCAUCGACUUCUGGGAUUUAUUCAAGUCUGGAUAUGCUAAGAGACAGCGUCACAACGCAAGCUAGAGCGGCUCAUCAGGCUAGGAGAAAUUUGCUGGAAUCUGAAGAUGCUAACUUGAGGCAUUCGCACAGGAGGAUUGGACCCCAGGAACCUUCUGAAGGCAGUGUCAGGUUUAGCCGAACACUUAGUGUUGGAAGACUUCGUGACAGGGUCCUCAGGAGGACUCCAUUCUCAGAUAGUUUGUUCACCUCUUCACUUUAUGAUAGACCAGUGUGGACCGCAGGAAAUGCCAGCACGAGGCAAGAUUCAUCUGUGAUGCAACGGACUAAUUCAGACAGAGGUUCCGAACCGCAACCAGAACCUUCAUCAACUAACAGCACAUACAACUCUGGCUCUGCAACUCUAAGAGAGGCCAGUAAUCGGGAUCUUCUUGAGCGCAGAUCAGCUUUUCUUGAAAGGAGGAGGAGGAUACGAUCUCAGGUCCGAGCUCUCCAAAGGUUGGGCAGCAGGUUCGAAAAUUUAUCAGGUCAUGAGAGAUCAUGCAUUCUAUCUGGUCAACAUAGAACAGGAAAUUGCAACUGCAGGGCAAGCAGUCGACCAGGUAAUCCUGAUGAAGAAUCCGGCACAAGGGCUAGCAUAUCAAGAAUUGUUAUGCUAGCAGAAGCACUCUUUGAGGUCUUGGAUGAAAUCCACCAACAGUCUGCUGCUUUAUCCUCAAGGACAUCAUUACCUUCAAUUGGAUCCGUUCCUGCUCCAAAGGAGAUCGUCGAGAGUCUUCCUGUCAAGGUGUACAGAAAGCCGUUGAAACAUCAAACUGAUGAGGCUGCACAAUGCUACAUUUGCCUUGUCGAAUAUGAAGAGGGAGACUGUGUUCGCAUACUUCCAUGCAAUCAUGAGUUUCAUCUAACAUGUGUAGAUAAGUGGCUGAAAGAGAUUCACAGGGUUUGUCCACUCUGUCGUGGUGAUGUCUGCCGAUCUGAUUCGUCGAGCAUAGGGAAAUUCAGCUGAUUCUUUUAUCUCUUAAGGAUCCAGCUUCUUGCGAGAAAAAAUGGAGCUUCGGACACGGUUCUUCGAUCCAGCGGAACAGAGCCCGCAGAAUGUUGCGGGCGCGAUUCGAUCUUCACUAGCCUGGUCUGAACAACUCAGGAUGCUCCUGUAUGUUUUAGCAAAUUUGCGUGGCGGUCAUCCCAUUAUAAGCGAUGAACUUCCAUGCGAAUUUGAGAUUGUUGUACGGUGGUGUGAAGCCUGUUGAUAUAUUGGUUAUAUAUGGCUUGCGUUUUCGUGAUGUUUGAAA